AUGGAGAAAGGGCAAAGUCAGAGGAAGGCAAACAGAGGGAUGCACCGUUUCGUUUUAGGUCGCCCGUUUGUGAUGCUGGUUGCGCCGAUUCUUCUCUCUGUGCUUGUAUUCAAUCAUCUCAGGAAGAAGAAAAAGAGUGCAGAAAAAGAGAGCUCUGAGGUAGCAUCCGCUCCUUCCUUUGUCUCUCCGAUACCCGCCCGAGGAGGUAGUCAUCGAUACGACAUAUUCUUGAGCUUUCGAGGCUCGGAUACCCGCAAGGGAUUCACAGAUCACCUCUACCGCAGUCUGGUCAAUGCGGGGACCGUACCGAUUUGCGUGUUCAGGGACGAUAAAAACCUGCCCAUUGGCGAGGAAUUUGGGUCACAGCUUCUCGAUGCCAUCACGCAAUCUAAGAUCUCGAUCCCCAUCAUUUCUGAAAAUUAUGCUUCGAGCAAAUGGUGCCUCCGGGAACUCAUUCAUAUCAUGGAUUGCAAGAAGAGCGUGUCACAUAUGAGCAGGCCACAUAUAGUGUUGCCCAUCUUUUACAAAGUGGACCCAUCGGAUGUGCGGCAUCUAGAAGGAAGUUUUGGGAAGAGCUUCCUUUCACGUAAGAAGCAAUUUGAUGAGAAGGAUAUCCAAGAAGGGAAACGGGCACUUGAAGAAGUGAGUUACUUAAGUGGAUGGGAAUCUGAGAAAAUUGCUAACGGGCAUGAAGGAGAAUUAGUGGAAAGAGUUAUCAAAACUGUUCUAAGCACGUUGCAACGUGAUUUUCAGCUUGAUGUUACUAAGCACUUAGUUGGAAUUGAUGAUCAUGUGAACAAUAUUAGGAAUUGGGUAGACACUCCUGCUAGUCAUGCUCGGAUGAUUGGGAUAUAUGGCAUGGGUGGGAUUGGUAAAACGACUUUUGCGAAGGUCAUCUACAAUGAGCUGUCUGAUGAUUUUGUGCAUCGUAGCUUCCUUCCGGAUAUACGAGAAACAGCUCUCCGCAAGGGUAUUCCUUAUCUACAAGAUCUACUAAUUAAGGAAAUACAGCGAAAUGAACAUCAAGUUUGUAUAGUUGAUGAUGGAAUUAAUUUGAUCCAAUCUACACUUAAAGGAAAAAAGGUUCUUAUUCUUCUAGAUGAUGUUGAUCACCAAGAUCAACUAAAUGCCUUGGCUAGAGAACGUGAUUGGUUUACUACUGGAAGUAUCAUCAUUGUUACAACUAGAUAUAAAGCUGUUCUUGAUCAGUCCGAAUUUCGGGUAGACUACAUGCAUGAAUUGAACGAAUUAGAUGAGGUGCAUUCUUUGCUUUUAUUUAAAAGACAUGCAUUUCGCAUGAGCCAUUGUGCGAAGGAUUUUGAGGGUAUCUCUCGUGAUAUCUUAUCCACCAUGGGUGGGCUUCCCCUAGCUAUCAAGGUAAUAGGUUCGUACUUGUACGGAAAAACAGAUAGGAAAGUAUGGCAAGAUGUGCUGAAGAAAUUAAGAAGCGAACCGGAUAGAGAUGUCCAAAAGACAUUGAAGAUAAGUUAUGAUGCAUUGGAACCUAAACACAAGGAGAUUUAUCUAGAUAUUGCUUGCUUCUUUGUCGGCGAAGAUAGCAAAUUUGCCAUGUACAUGUGGGAGGACUGCGUGUUUUAUCCAAAUCAAGGAAUUGAAGAGUUGAAGCUGAGGUGCUUAAUAAAAAUUGGAGAUUGUGGUCGGUUUAGAAUACAUGAUCAGCUGAGAGAUCUUGGAAGAAACAUCUUUUGCCAAGGGCAACGGCCCGAGAGAUGUCUGAAACUAUGGUUUGACGAAAUACCCUUCAAAGCGAGGCCGCUAGCCCGGGUAACACAUGGCUCUCCUUUCUUCUUUACCCUCUCUUUUUCAUAUGUGUAA